GGAGUAUAUGGGGAUAUGGGGGCUGCUCAACAGCAUGAAUGGCUCCCGCAGCCGACCACGGCAUCCCCCAACGACCUCAUCCACCCGUCCAAGAUCCAUGGGAAAUUCUCAGCUCACACCAUCGCUGCUCUCCGGGAUGCCGGGCAACUCUCGCGAACAUGGUCUGCGCCUUCAUCGGCUUGGAGUCCUCUCCACUUAGCGAAGAGUGCAAUUUGUACACGACCAAAAAUACGAUCAAUGAACAACACAACUGUGGGUUUCUAAGACAUCAAAGAGGUAAGCCGAAGCCCAGAGGUUGUGGCGGAAAUAAUGUGGGCUCAGGCAUGCGACCCACUCGAAUUGUUAAGCAGUGCCACGCUGCUUUCGAGGACCCGAUAUGGCGGAUUUUCACGCGAAUGCUUCCGAUAUCCAUUCUCCACAAUCUUCCUUCCACGCUGUGUUAAGCGACAAAUUGGCGGAAAACGCCCGCUCUGACUUGAGCGUGCAUUGCUAUCCAUACCAAAGUCUUUUGCGAAAGUUUGACAGAUCUCAGUGCUGCACAGCUUCCGA